GCUUCCUGCAUACAGUUAGAGAAAGCAAGCAAGAGCAAGAGACACCCAUCAAAGCAGCCAAGAGACGGCUGGAGACAGACAGCAACCACACUGAAGAGAGAGUCCAGGAGCGCAGAACUAAAGUUUGCACCAAGAACAGUCGGCAAACAGACCAAGAGACAUCAGACAGCAAGAGACCGUUCAAGAUAGAUGCAGAUGUCACCAUAUAACAGGCUGAGAACAAAGAGUCCAACCUAAAACAGGACAAGAGACAGAGGGUGACAGCGAGAAACCAUACAGUAGGACAAGAGACGUACGGCGAGAGCAAGAGACAGACAGCCAGGGCUUCAAGAGUCUAGAAAAGGCACUAAAAAAGGCUCUAAAAAAUACUAAACAAAAAGUGUGUGUAACUUUAUAGCACAAAAGCAAAAAAGAAAGCCACCCGAGAAGCUAUAACGUCACUGGAUAUUAUAAGGAUGGAGCCCAACGAGACCCCAGCACCUGCUGACAACAAGAACCCCGAAAUGUCUCCACACAACAUGUACACCCAGAAGCCCCGAGCGUCCUUCACCCUCGAGUACAUUGAUCCAGAAGUUAAGCAGAAACCACCGAAUGAGGACUACCUCAUAUUCAGGCCUACGGUGGUGGAGCAAGCCAUCCAAGAUAUCCGGAACUAUUUAUCUCCAGAUGAAGAUGGGAACUUAAGAAGCUCCUGGAUCCUAUCACAGAUAAGUCACUGGGGCACAGAACGGGAAGUCAUUGCUUUUCUCUGCGACCAAUCACUACUGAUCUGUUACUAUGACUUUGUGGAGCUGGGUAGAUCCCACGUGUUUCGUAUCCCUCUGAAUUACAUUGACACAGUGACAUGGGGACCUCUGUCGUAUCCCAAGAUGGCUGUUAAUAAACUGGAGGGAAAAGUGAUCCAGAUAAAGUGGGACAAGUUCAGGGAACCUCCUUCAUUCCUAUCAUGGUGGAAUCCAUGGACAGAAGAUCUAUCAUACAUCAACCUGAUCCAACAUCCAGGAAACCCACCAGAAAAACACUUAAGAGACAUGUGUGAGCUGGAGACCUUCAUGGAGAAGCUGGUGGAGAUGGUGAAGGUGGCACACGAACGCAACCCCCUCCCGGGUCGAGCCAAUGGUCUGCUGGUCCUCCAAAGGCCGGUGACCAUAGAUACAUCACUCGGACUUGUCUCUCUCCUCAACCACAAGGUCCAGUUGGGCUACGCCAAAUCCAGAUGGAGAUUUGGAUUCUAAGCAAUGGACUUCAUGUAUUAUGCAGAAGAUAUAAAUACCAUGGAUACACAACAGUAGUUCACAGCAGGGACACGGGAUUAGACAUUAGAGCUGGGCGGUAUGACCAGAAAUGGGUAUCACGGUAUUUAUUUGUUAAAAAUUCCCCCAUUGCUCCGGUACCGGCCUCACAGUCCAGCAAUGCGAGCCUCAUGCUGCUUCCUGGGGAUGGGUACGUCACAGAGCCGUCAGCUGUCAACCAGUAUUGCGGUAUAGGAAAAAUUCAUAUCAUGCAGGAAAAACACUUCGGUAUUCAGUAUGAAGCGGUAUACCGCCCAGCACUAUUAGACAUCUGGAUUAGUUACAACUUUUAUGAUUUUUUUUCCCCAUACUUGACUUGGUCUUUACUUAAAGGGGUACUCCACUGCCCCAGCGUUAGAAACAUUUAGUUCCCAAUGCUGGGUGCAGGCUGCGGGGUCAUGACAUCAAACCCCGCUCCCUCAAUGCAAGUCUAUCCCAUAGGGGCAGGGAGUGACGUCACGAGGGGGGUGGCCGUGAGGCUGCAAGCCCACACCCAGCGUUCAGAACUAAAUGUUACAAGACUGGGGCAGUGGUGUAUCCCUUUAAGAAACAUUUCCCACUUGAUUUUUAUCUCAUAUCUGUUUAGCAUAUAAAAAAUAAAUGUAAUAUAUUAUCUGGUGAGAUACCAUUUUCCACGCAUAAAAUAUGCACAAAAUAAAUAAA